AUGGCAUUCUUACACGAGAGGAUGCUUAUUAUGCAAGUCUCGUUGGUAAUGGUGGCGGUGGCGACUACAGCAGUUCAAUUAGCCCUGCCAAACUGCCCAGACAAGUGCGGAGAUGUCACAAUUCCAUACCCAUUUGGCAUUACUGAAAAGGGUUCCAUGGGACCCGAGCCCCACCUCACUCUUCUCCUGGCCCAAAAAGAAGCGUGUUCAUAUGAUUCUAUCUAG